GAAACCAAAACAAAACCCACGUGUCCAGAACAAAUUGAAGCACAACAACAAGACACGCAACUGUUGACGAUGAUGGCUGCAAGGUUGCUCGCGAGCGCACGCGUGGCGGCUCCACGCUUGACGGUGCUGCUGCCCCCUUGCCGGGCUGGUGCGGCGAUGACGCUGCGCCUGGCUCGGCCACAGACAGCGCUGGCGAGCGUGCUGGCCGCCACGGGCGCGGCGGUGUCGCAGCAGCCGACCGCUGUACCCAGGCACCGCGCCAUGAGCACCAGCAGCAGCAGGGAUGCUGGCAAUGCAACGGCGGUGGUGGACGAUGUGGAGACAGCUUCAUCCCUGAUUCGCAACGUGGUUGGCAGCGAGAAGGUGGUGGUCUUCUCAGCCUUGUACUGCCCCUUCUGUUCCGGUGCCAAAGACAUCUUCUCUGAACGCAACGUUCCCUUCACCGUCUUUGAGCUGGACAAAGGCCCAGUACACCAGGACUAA